CUGGACUACUAUCCCUUGUCCUUCUUUACUACCAUCAUUUUGAUUUUAAUCCAGGACACAUUUUUUGUAUCCUAUCAAUCAACUCUUCCCUUAUCAUUCUUUUUUUUUUAUAUAUAUUUAAAUGGAAGCAAAUGAAGAUCACAAUCUCGAACAUACCAAAGUCACACCUGAUGAUGUGGUGGUCAUAGAAGCGCCCCAAGGAAAAGGAGGACGGAGUUCUUUGCCAAUCAUCGGAAUCUUCAAUAAGAACAGCAUCAUGGAAGACAACGCGGUACUUCGACAAUUUAAUGACGCUCAGGGUGGCUGCAGUGAGCAGACUAAUUACUUAUUAUCGAGACAGACAGCAGAGGGUCCGUGGUUGUGGGAGGACGAAUUGCUUUCGUCCCUUGGCCUUAUCCCUAGCUUUACAGCGCAGUCGAUGGAGGUCCAAGAUACCAAAUCGUUGUCAGGAACAAUUGCGGCAACUGCAUUGGUCCUAAAGUACUUUGAUAAGCAGUUGAAAGACGAUUUAGAGCUAUGGACAGAUAAGUUCGCAAAGGGAGGAGCUUGGUUGCUCGGACAAGUGGGACCAAAUAGGCUGGUGGAGCUUUUAGGACAAGCUGAGGAAUUGAUUUGUUGA